UCCGCCGGUGUUUACGCACGAGCGUCAGCACGUUGGUUUGAGGAAUAGCGAAGUGCAUUAAAGGCCAGCUAGGACAACUGUCAAUUGUUAGAUUAGCAAGUGUAACUAGAGCUCGGUGGUAGUUUUAAUUAAUAAUAUUUGCCAUCGAAACGCAACAUUACGAAAGCUAUAUCGCAUGUCAUCCUCCUUUUGUUUCCCAUUCAUAAAGCAGCUUUAAUAUGGGAUAUGUCUGCGUAACACGUCACGCGCUUAAAAAAGGGUGACUGUCUCUUUAAGAGUUAUGUAGCUGGGCGAGUCAAUGUAGGACGAGUCGACGGUGUGUGUGUGUAUGUGUGUGUGUAUGUGCGCCUGUCUGUGCUCCGGCUGCCAUCCCCAUCAUGGCCUCCACACCGACACCACCACAACCGAGGAUAAAGCGACCAGCCACCGGCCCUUCCCUUUCCGACGUGGAGACGGACACGAAGCCGAAGCAGAGGCACCGGUAGAGGCGAGCCGCGCCGGGGAGAGCCGCCUCGCAGCCCAUAUGUCACCCCGGUCUCCCCCACGCCUUCGUUUAAAGCCAAGUACGGCACUCAAUAAAGGAGGGUGCGAACCCGGGCGGCGGCGCCAGAAACAUGUCAACAAACCGAGAUUAUUCCGUUAAUCUGUCGGUGCAGCAAGUGCUGAGCCUUUGGGUGCAAGGGACGGCGCUACAGCACUUCACAGAGAUGUGGUACUGGGUGUUCCUGUGGUGUCUCUUCUCCUCGCUCUUCGUCCAUGGGGUGGUGGGGCUGCUCAUGUUUGUCAUGCUGCAACGCCACAAGAGAGGUCGCCUCAUCACGCUCGUGCUGGUCAGCGUGGGCUUCCUGGCCUCCCUCUCUGGAGGCGUCAUCACCAGCGCAGCAGUGGCAGGCGUGUACCGGGUGGCAGGGAAAGGCAUGGCACCGCUGGAGGCUCUCAUUCUUGGCGUGGGCCAGACCAGCCUCUCCGUCAUCAUAUCCUUCUCACGCAUCCUGGCAACUCUAUGAAGCCACCAACCAUUGAAGGACGCAGACUGGAUGAACAGAGCCAGUUGGACUUAACUGCGCUCAUAUGGACCUUUGGGUGCAGGAUGGAGACGCAGCCCCUUGGCCCUUCUCCUCCCAAGGCUCAGUAUCUACGACUGCCACAAUAACAGGAGCCCCUUCUUUGCAAUUACGAAGGAACUCAAUUCAGCGCAAGCAGCGCCAGGCAGACGCACCACCAUCCUCAGCUUCUGGACUGAAAGCCAUGUUGGGGUUGUUUUCCAGAGGUAACUUGGUGCCAACAGUCUUCUCUGGGAUGUCCUACAUGCCUUUGUGGACACUGACUCUUCGAGGUUUUCUGCUGCCCUUUACGGGAAUGAUUAAUUGGAAGGGUUUUUUUAAGCAGAAACCUGAUCACCUGAUCUCUUUAAACUCCGCUUGAGAACAAAUGUUGAGCGCUGAUGACUGAAAAGUGUUUAUACAGUAUUCAAAUUCUCCUGAGCAUUCCAGCUUCACAGCUGCAUUACCCAGUUCCAGCAAACAGGAAUAGAGAGGUGUGAAUGCAGCAAACAUGGGAGAGAAAACAAGUAUCAGUGCCAUAACUUUUGUUUUUAUGGGGAAGAUGUAAUGCCAGUUUGCCUCCCACAAAAGAUUUUUUUUUUACAAUACUAGUUUUACAACGUACGUUUCCUGAAAAACACAUUAAGCCCUCUGUGAUACAAAGUUUGCAGGCUUGAUUCACAUCCGACACAUCAACAAUAACGCGGUUCUUUGCUUAGUCACCUUUUUUAGUGUGUUUUAAGAGUCCUAAUUAACAUGUCAGUUCCUUGGUUUACGAACCAGUUUCGUUCCUAUGACAUUACUUUUAGUCUAAGUCAAAACUUCUCCCCCAAUCGACAUCAAAGUCACUCACUCGGUGCACAGAACCAAUAAAUCCAGAAAUAAAAUGAUUAAAUACAAACUUAAAUGAAACAGAACAAACAACAAAGAAAAGAACAUUCUUUACUCUUAUCCCUGUGGUUGGCUUGCACACUGAAAGGGGUGUUGCAAAGGCGGGAGAGACGGGCUUAUUGGGAGGAGGAAGUAGAAGAGGUAUGAGAUUCUGGUCUUCCAGCCAAAGCAUUAGCAACGUUUCUAUCUCAACAUUGAGACCCCUACGCUGCUUAGUUGUCACUGUCCAUUUCAUAGUGACAGAUCCUUUCACAUGUUCAAGGAUACCAUCUUUAUCCUUGAUUGCUUAGAACCAACAUGCGUCCGGGGUGGGUCACUUCCCUCUCCUUUCUGAGCAUUUCAUAAUGUCUAAUUUCACUUUUACUUUCCCUUUCUUUGACGCACCGCCAUCAGAAGAGUCUGUUUUACUCUUGGGAGACAUAAUGAAGAGCAAAAAGUUAACUCAGCGACGUUGCCCUCCCUCAGCGUAGCGCAGGUGACUAGCUCUCGAGUGAGUCACACAUUACGAACCCAAAGUGGUGUUUUGAAACGAAGGCCUUCUCCACACGGAAACAUUCCUGGGAUUUAUUUUUUGGCGGGUUGCAAAAAAUUGACACUCAAGAGUGUGUCGGAUUAGUAAAUAGUCGCAUCCAGACGGGAACGGAUCAUUGGGUGAAAACGAUCUAAUACAUAAGGCACACCUACGCUUGGUGCUGUAAGCAGACACAGAUGGAAUCACAUGACACACCAAACUAAAGAAGAAGAAAGAACGCAUGCACGUAAGUUUGUCGUCUUUAGCUCAGCCGUCUUACGUAGACUUACAACGAAGUGGAAUUACUUCUGCGAGUCAUUUUGGAGUAUAAAACAACUAAAAGUCAGGAGAAGUCGACUGGCAUGAGUCAUGCCAGUCCAGGUAUUCCGAUUUUAUGUUGGCCUGUCGUUGUCACUUCUGGUCACGUGAACACGUCAACAACAGGGCGGUGACGGGACGGUGACUUCAUCCUUCCCAUAAAGUAGCAAUUUGCUUGUCUGCACGGAAAGAUCCGAUUUUGAUUUUGAUUUUGAUCUGAUUUUCCCACUCACAAAAAAUACCAAGACGCCGUUUCCGGAUGAGAGGCUGAAACAAUAAAAUACUUUGCCUUUUUUGGCCCGAGGACGUUUCUGUGUGGACAACCCUGAAGUUUUGAAUUCAAAGCUUUUAUUUAUAACAUGCCAGCAAAACACAGCAGUUGAGAACAGAUGAGCACGGCUCGCCCUUACUUCUGCCUUCCUCACCACACCCCCUCCACAUGCGCAAGGCAUCAUUUGCCCCGUUUCAUAGCUGUCUCAAGCAAUGCCUGAUUUUAACAGAGUGUUAAAAUAAUCUCAGAUUUUGAGAAUAAAAUGGAAAUUCACGAGAAUAAAUUCGUAUAUUUAUGAGAAUAACUCGCAACUUGAUGUUACCGGCGUUGCCUGAGACAGCUAUGAAAAGUGGGGCCUUAUGUGACCUUUGGCCUUGGUCAAAGGUAAUAUUACGACUUUUUUUAUCUCGUAAAUUUACGACUUUAUUCUCAUAAUUUUCUUUUUUUAAUGCUGAUACUCAGUGUCGUAACCACGAAAUGUUGUAAACGGAGGACCUCCUGUAUUUUGGGUGCAAUAACAUGCCUGAAUUUCUAAAGAUUCAGAAUCCCAUUAAUUUCUGCUGCUCUCACAAAUGGCACAAAUCUGAACAAGCUAGCGGGUCAUAUUCCACACUCCAAACCAGUAGGGGUCAGCGUGGUAUUACGACACAUAAGAAAUAUACUAACUUCUUUAGCAUUAGCGUCCUUAGCUGUGCUAGUACUGACUGCUUGCUUCUUGAUGAACAAAGUGGUCUUUUCAAGGUAAGAUGAACCACUGUUAGCUUGUUUAGGUGCUCACAAUUGACCCUUUAAUUAACAUUGCAUUUUGCACUGAAUUGAACCUGCCUUGAUUUACACAAAAAUGAGUGAUUCCUGCUGUUUUGGUUUGAAAGAAACUGCUACACUGGUUGAAAUAUGUGCCUGUUUUACUUGGUUACUUAAAAACAGGAACAUUUACUUAAAAUUGUAUUUAAAUGCUCACUGUAUAGCCCAAAAUUUCUACAAAUUUAACUCCAUAUGGCACCCAACUCAAGGAGGAAGGAGACACCAAAGUAUGACUCAUAUAUUAGCUUUAUUUGUGUUGUCUAACUCUAUUGAUCACAUUUUAGAAUGACUUGCUGCUCCCAGCUUGGUUGUAAAUGUAAUGAAUGUGUCUUGGAGAAUCAGUAUUUAUGUCUUGAGACGUUGGGAAAGGUAAAUACAUUGUAUUUCGAGGAGUUAUGUAACUGACAUGGCUCCCCUUCACUACCAGUUCACUCCGCAAGAGGGCGGCAUUGCACUGUUACUAAAAGACAGCGUUGGCGUGACUGGAUGGACAGUUUUUCUUUAACCCUUGUUGGUCAUCAUAAUAGACAAAUUCACCCAAAACCCCCUUUUAGUCCACUGAAUAUUGUACGUACUGUCCGUUUGAAUGUUUUUGCUCUUUUUCAGGGACCAAACAUGAGUUGGUAGUGAUGACUCACCUGCCGCCAUAGCACUGAAUUGUCUUUUCAUGUGAUUGCUACCAAUAACAGUAUUCAUUUAUUUGCUUCACAUUUUUGAAAUGGUGCCCUAAAACCUCAAACCUGGCUGUGGACCUUAUUGUUAGAGGCUCACACUGAGUUACAUAAGGUGUUUGUUUUUGCGGCAGUACUGUAAGCCGCUGCUUCUAUCCUGACCUGCAGCUUCAAAUGGUGUCACAUCAGAUAGUGUUAUAAUACACACACACACACGCAUUCACACUGUGCCAUGAGCAGUUACGAGUUGCUGUGAAGUAGUGUGCUUGUGUGUUUACUGGAAGAUCUAAGGAGACACCCAGCAACUAUUAAUCCCCUCCAGACAUUACGAUACCAUUGCGAUGCUGUGCGAUGCCCAUGCAGCUUUAUUAUUCAAAGCCUCGCUCUUGUCAUCCAAAUGCCACAUUAGCCCCUCCCAUCGAGACACAUAGCCCUGUUCACGUGCCGUUUGUGUGUGCGGUGCAACUCCUAACGUGUGAUUGGACUAUGGACAAUCUUAAAGAGAGACAGUGUUGUCCCAGACCCAAAGUGGCACUUGUCGAUAAUGUACAAUGUUUUUUUGUUGUUUUUUUUUAAAUUUUGUACCAGCCAAACAACUGAUAUUUAUAACAAUGACCUAUUUAUGUACAAAUGCUUCUCCUGUAAAUAUUCAACUGUCAGUUGAAAUAAAA